AUGCGCAUUCUUCUACUAGUUGCAGCAUUCGUACUCACUUCCUGGGCGUACCCGCAAGACAAUGCAUCUGUGGAUGCCGAGGGCAGCUCUGAAGAGAGUCUUUACAGAGCAGAAAAAAUAGAAAAAACCCCACACACUUCUGAAGUAUCAGGCGAGAAGGCUGAAAAGAGCGGUGAAAAGAAAGAGAGCACGCUCAGCUACCGGGAGAUGAUAUACGCCAAUCUCAAAGAGGCAAUGAACACUCUCAAAAAACAGGAAAACGAAAUAGUUGAGCUUAGGCAGAGCAUACAAAGCAUUUCCAAAAUAUUUUCUUUGUACUCGGAGGAGAAAGAGACAAAGCCUUCAAAAGACAAGUUUGUCGCUGUCUUUGAUGGAGGGUCCACAGGAACACGAAUUAACAUAUACCAAUUCGAUGAAAAGGGCCUAGUUCUCAAAUCGCACUUUCUCCACAGGCUUUUCCCAGGGAUACACAACAGUAAAACACCAGAAAAUGACAUAAAACAGCUGCUUGCCCUGGGAAAGGCUCAUCUGGAAAAGAAGGAGCACAGGACGGGAUACGACUUUCCCAUUGUGUUCAACGGCACAGCAGGACUCAGACUGAUCGAUGAAAGAAAAAGAAAUAGCGUGCUGGAAAUUGUAAAAAAAACCAUACAGGAAGAAACAAAAAAAAAAGAGAUUGAAGUUCGCGUGAUAGACGGCAAAGAAGAAGGAUUCUACGCAUGGGCUGCGCUAGUCUUUGUGACACAGAUGAAAGAAAAGAUAGGAAUCAUCGAUCUGGGCGGGGGCUCUGCUCAGAUUUCGUUCGAGAUAGACAAAGACAUGCAGGGAGCGCAGGAUGGAAUUGUUCACGGAAAGAACAAAGAUGUGCUGUCUCGCUCUUUCUUGGGCAUGGGGCUCGUUGCAGGCCUCGAGAAUGUGCACAAAACGGAUAAAAACGGGGUGUGCGAGUGGAAAUCAGCAAGCUUUGACAUCAACAGGUGCAAAGUCCACAUAAAAAGCGCAAUCAGCGCGAUGAUCCAGGAAAGAACGCAGGGCAAAGAAGUGGCACCGGGCAUAUCCCAGGUGAAUACAAUGUUUGUCUCCUCUUUCAUUGCGGAGACCCUCCAUCUUCUCCAAACGCCUGUAAACCCGCAGUUUAAGGACAUAAAAGACGUUGUCUCAUCAAUAUGCUCAAAUAACUCGGUGAUGGCAAACUCUAAUCUCGGCAAGCCAGAGCAAACAAGCAAUCCGAAUGUAGUAUCAAAACAGAAGAAGCCAGACUGCAUCAGCGUUCUGUACGCGGUGAUGUUUAUGGAGAAUUUGGGCGUGGGCCUUUUUACGCCCAUCAAGAACUCUGCGAAUAUUCCCACAGACAUCAGCUGGUCUCUUGGAAGGGCUCUUUCUCUUAUCGAAUAG